AUGCUCCUCAGCGCACGAGAUGGGUCGCUCCCGGGAGCUUCAUGGGCGUGGAAAAAGCUGCUGCGCUUCGGUGUCUUCUUUUUGGUUGUCAUAGGAUUCAUUGUCAUGUUAUGGCUAUCGGCGGAACCAAUCAAAUUGCCACUGACUACCGUUUCCAACAUCACCAUUUCUCCAGAUGUCGCCUGCGAGCUGGAUUACGACCUUUUGGGUCGGCUGGAGGUUCUCAAACUCGCUCAAUACACCCGCCGGGAGAUUAUCAUUGAUAUGACCGAGGAACCGGUGCCCUACACUCGGCGCCUCGAAGAGCCGCUCCUAGGCUUGAAGAAGGGCACCGAGGGGGCCGCCGACGGGUGCUCGGUCUCCGCCCCUGUCGCUCUCACUGUCCCCAAACCGCCCAAAAUGCCCGUCGCCUCGCACAUCGAUUUCGGAGUCGCCACCAGCGUCGAGAGACUGAACGACUCCCUCGAUGCCUUCGCGCACUGGGCUGGAUACACGAAAACACGCAUCUUUGCGCUGAUCGAAACCGACAGAUCUGAAAACGGUGUGCGCGAUGUCAAGGCUAAAGCUGAGAACAUGGGCGUGGACUUGUUCAUCACUGAGUCCGACGACGACUAUCUGCACCGGUACUUCGCCCUCAUCCCUCUCCUGGAAGCAAAUGCCCGGGAAACUACCCGCUGGGGCUGCGUGAUCGACGACGAUACAUUUUUCUUAUCCAUGGCAAGCCUGGUUGAGGCACUGGGUCAGUACGAUCAUACCCAGUCCAUGUACAUCGGUGGAAUAUCGGAGUCCAUCCCGCAGAUCGCGAACUUUGGAAUGAUCGGAUUUGGAGGCGCAGGCGUCUUCCUAUCGCGACCUCUCAUGAAAGAAAUCACCAAUGUCUAUGACGAAUGCUCCGCCAUGGAUUUCACCGGUGACCGCCGCAUUGCCAUCUGCGUCUACCGCUACACCAAAACCCGUUUAACCGUCGACCACCGCCUCCGCCAGCUCGACCUGAUGGACGAUGCAUCGGGCUUCUUUGAGUCUGGUCGCGAGCCCCCUCUCACAGUCCACCACUGGAAAUCUUGGUUCCACGCGGACAUGCCCAAACUGUCCGUCAUUGCCGAGCUAUGCGGCGAUACAUGCCUGCUUCGCCAGUGGCACUUUGGCGAUGGCUGGAUCCUGACCAAUGGCUUUUCCGUCAUCAAGUACCAUUACGAUCCCAAUGAAGAUGAUAUCGCCAUGGAGCAGACCUGGGCACCGCACAAUGGUGCUAACGACGAGUCCUAUCUCCAUGAACUUGGUCCUUUGCGUCGCAAAGACGAAGACAAGAAGAGCUUCCAAUUGAUGGAUGCCGUCAUUGAAGAAAAUGGCAGUGUCACUCAAUGGUACGUCCUACGGGAUGCGAAGAAGGGUGAUGAGAUCUUGGAGUUAUCAUGGCGCAAGAGGUAA